AUGGCAGCGGCAGCGGGGGCGGACUCGUUUUCUGGCGGGGGCCCGGGGGCCGUGAGGCUGCCGUCGUCACCGCCGAUCAAGGUGCUGGCGGAGCAGCUGCGGCGCAACACGGAAGGCGGCCCGGGCGCGUGGCGGCUGUCACGGGCGGCGGCGGGCCGCGCGCCGCUGGAGCUGGCGGCCGUGUGGAUGCAGGGCACGGUGGUGGAGGCGGGCGGCGGCAAGGCGCGGCUGCGGGACCCGAGCGGGGCCUUCUCGGUGUGCGGCCUGGAGCGGGUGCCGCGCGGGCGGCCCUGCGUCGCCCCAGGAAAGUAUGUGAUGGUAAUGGGAGUGAUUCAGGCCUAUAGCCCUGAGCCUUGCCUUCAGGCUGUGAAGAUGACAGAUCUCUCUGAUAAUCCCGUCCAUGAAAGCAUGUGGGCACUGGAAGUAGAAGAUUUACACAGGAAUAUUCCUUAGAUGAUGUUGGAAGUAAAAACGGAAACCAUUAAAAACAACGGAAAUUCUGAAAGGACUUAAGUUCUUAUUCCAUGUGGAUUUCACGGACAUUGUUCAAUGUGUAUUUCUCAAAAGUUCCUCGGAGAGCUUUGCUUUGGCUCACCAGUUGUCCAGAUGUAGGAUUUCUGGGACACCAGUUAACUCAGCCCCUGCUGCCCCUGUGCUUUGAUGAAAAGCAGAUGUUGUGUUCAUUCUCUCUCUCUGUUUUGGUUUAUGUGUGUUCAUUCUCUCUAAUGCACACAGAAUCUCAUGUUGCAUUUCUCAGGUUUUACUAGUGAUGAUACUUUUUCCAUUACUGCUGCGAUCCUAUUUUAUGGUACAAACUUUGAAUCUCAGUCAUUGUCCGUGGUGAUUAAAGUGUGGUUAUGGGCAGGAAAAUAGACUGCGUGAAAGAAGAAUGACAUCAUGGCCCCACGUCUUCUCCAUCAACAACUUCCAUAUCCAGUUUGCAAGUCAAGCGGUACAGCAGCCUCUCAGAGAUACAGCUCUCUUGAACACCACUCAACCCUUAUGGUCCAUUUCCCUUAGAUGUGGGUGAUGAUAGGACAUGCUGAAAUUCUUGUUGAAAUUAAAAUUAAAGAUUGAGAACAACUUUCAGGCAUUCACUCAACUUUAACUUCGGUCUUUUAACAUUUGAUGAGAUACUUCAAGGGAGCAUCCUCCUGUGUAGAGUUCUACAUUUUUGGUAUGGAAGGACUAUUUGUUGGGAUUAUAUUGAACACUGGAUUUCUGCUCUCUGCUUCUUACUCAACCCUCUUUUCCCUUUAGAUUAUAAAUGUCAAAGGAGUCAGGUUUUGUUUCAACAUUGCUGUCGAGUUUUGCUGGAUUAUUUAUCUUCUACCACUAAUAAAUUG